UCUGUCCUGCAGCAUAAUAAAAUGGCUAAUCAGGUGAAUGGUAAUGCGGUACAGUUAAAAGAAGAGGAAGAACCAAUGGAUACUUCCAGUGUAACUCACACAGAACACUACAAGACACUGAUAGAGGCAGGCCUCCCACAGAAGGUGGCAGAAAGACUUGAUGAAAUAUUUCAGACAGGAUUGGUAGCUUAUGUCGAUCUUGAUGAAAGAGCAAUUGAUGCUCUCAGGGAAUUUAAUGAAGAAGGAGCUUUGUCUGUACUACAGCAGUUCAAGGAAAGUGACUUGUCACAUGUUCAGAACAAAAGGGCAUUUUUAUGUGGAGUUAUGAAGACCUACAGGCAAAGGGAGAAACAGGGGAGCAAGGUGCAAGAGCCCACAGAGGGACCAGAUGAAGCAAAGAUCAAGGCCUUGCUCGAGAGAACUGGUUAUACCCUGGAUGUAACCACAGGACAGAGGAAAUAUGGUGGUCCUCCACCAGACAGUGUGUACUCUGGCGUACAACCUGGAAUUGGAACAGAAGUCUUUGUAGGUAAAAUACCAAGAGAUUUAUAUGAAGAUGAGUUGGUGCCCCUUUUUGAAAAGGCUGGUCGCAUUUGGGAUCUACAUCUUAUGAUGGAUCCACUGUCUGGUCAGAACAGAGGGUAUGCAUUUAUCACCUUCUGUGGAAAGGAAGCUGCACAGGAAGCUGUUAAACUGUGUGACAGCUACGAAAUUCACCCUGGUAAACACGUUGGAGUGUGCAUUUCUGUGGCAAACAACAACAGGCUUUUUGUUGGAUCAAUUCUGAAGAAUAAGACUAAAGAAAACAUUCUGGAAGAAUUCAGUAAAGUCACAGAGGGUUUGGUGGACGUUAUUCUCUAUCAUCAACCCGAUGACAAAAAGAAGAAUUGGCGGUUCUGCUUCCUUGAGUAUGAGGAUCACAAGUCAGCAGCACAAGCCAGACGCUGGCUGAUGAGUGGAAAAGUAAAAGUAUGGGGAAAUGCAGUCAUUGAAUGGGCUGACCCUGUGGAAGAACCAGAUCCAGAAGUCAUGGCUAAGGUGAAAGUUUUAUUUGUGAGAAACUUGGGUACUACAGUGACAGAAGAAAUAUUGGAAAAGUCAUUUUCUGAAUUUGGAAAACUUGAAAGAGUGAAGAAGUUGAAAGAUUAUGCAUUUGUUCAUUUUGAAAACGGAGGAGCAGCUGUUAAGGCCAUGGAUGAAAUGAAUGGCAAAGAAAUAGAAGGGGAAGAAAUUGAAAUAGUCUUAACCAAGCCACCAGACAAGAAAAGGAAAGAGCACCAAGCUACUAGACAGGCCUCCAGAAACGCUGCGUGUGAAGAUUACUGCUAUAACCCUCCUCCUCGCAUGCCGCCUCCAAGUAGAGGUCGGGGUCGUGGUGGGGGGAGAGGUGGAUAUGGCUACCCUCCAGAUUACUAUGGCUAUGAAGAUUACUAUGGCUAUGAUUAUCACGACUAUCGUGGAGGCUAUGAAGAUCCCUACUACGGCUAUGAUGAUGGCUAUGCAGUAAGAGGAAGAGGAGGAGGAAGGGGAGGGCGAGGUGCUCCACCACCACCAAGGGGGCAGGGAGCACCACCUCCAAGAGGUAGAGCUGGCUAUUCACAGAGGGGGGCAGCUUUGGGACCACCAAGAGGCUCUAGGGGUGGCAGAGGGGGUCCUGCACAACAGCAGAGAGGCCGUUGUCCCCGUGGAUCUCGGGGCAACCAUGGGGGCAAUGUAGGAGGCAAGAGAAAGGCAGAUGGGUACAACCAACCUGAUUCCAAGCGCCGUCAGACCACCAACCAACAGAAAUGGGGGUCCCAGCCCAUCGCUCAACAGCCGCUUCAGCAAGGUGGUGACUAUUCUGGUAACUAUGGUUACAAUAAUGACAACCAGGAAUUUUAUCAGGAUACUUAUGGGCAACAGUGGAAAUAGACAAGUGAGGGCUUGAAAAUG